CAAAUAGGUGUGGGUUACGUCCGCGUUCCCGAUACUGAACGCAGUGACGUAUGUUGUCCGCCUGUUGGUCUUUCACAGUUGGUGACGAGUAUUCUGAAAAUGGCCUCGAUCCUGCCCGUGAGCACGAAGAACUGGGGAAGAUGACGGUGUUGAGCUUUUCAAGUCAGUGGAACAACAAAGUGUCGUCUUUGAACACGUAGACAAUAGUAAAGUAGACAAAACCAAAGAGACUGUCGGCAAAGCAACGACUAAAAACCUCUAAGACCACAGCAUAUUUUCGUAGGGCUGUGAGGACCCGCUAUGGAGGAUAUAAACUCAAAUAUCAACGCGGACCUGGAGGUGCGGAAGCUUCAGGACUUGGUGAAGAAACUCGAGCAGCAGAAUGAACAGCUUCGGAGCAGGUCUACGAUGUUGUCCACGUCCGGAGCGAUGUCGGGGCACCACAGACCCCUCAGCGCUGGAUACGACUCGCCUUCCUUGUCAGCGGGGAUGGCAACCAGUCUGGCCGGCUUCCCUGGGGUGGGGUUCGUGGGAACAGGCGGCUACGGUGGGCUGGUGGAGAAUAACCGCUGUUUGAGCCCCAGACUGUCGUACGACGGCAUCAGUUUCAAAAGAGCGUAUGAAUGUGAGGGGGCAUCGGCUGCCACCUCACUCUCCAGUAGGAACUCACUUUAUUCAGACAGCUGCGGGGACUUUACAGAUGAAGGGGAAACGUCAAUCCUAGAUGAAGUGGAAAUCUUAGAUCUUGAAGACAUGGAUUGUCUAAACGAGGACAGCUGGUUAUAUGAGACGAAACUGAACAGUCCACUGCAAAAAGCCUUGAGUCCCAUUGUGUGGUGUCGCAAAGCUCUGGACAACCCCAGUCCCGAGAUGGAAUCAGCCAAGCGCUCCCUAAUCCACAGACUGGACCUCACCAUGUCAGCCAACAAGCGCAGGAGCCUGUAUGGAAGCCCCAACAACCAGCAGGGUUAUGGAAGUCCAUAUAGCACAAACACAGCCAACAGUCCUUACAACAGUGGCUUCAACUCCCCCUCCUCGACCCCCAGCAGAGUGCCCAUUGUCAGACAGCAGCUAAUGCCUGGGAAUGCAGUACACCAGCGAAACACAGCAGCAGAGAGGACCCCUCUACCAGUUAGUCCACAGUCAUCAGUGGACAGUGAGCUGAGUACCUCAGAAAUGGACGAGGACUCCGUGGGUUCCUCAACUACCUACAAACUCAAUGACGUCACUGAUGUGCAGAUAAUGGCACGGAUGCAGGAAGAGAGUUUGAGACAGGACUACGCUGCAACAGCCUCCAGACGGAGCUCAGGCUCCUCCUGCAACUCAUUGCGGCGCAGCACCUUCAGUGACCAGGAGUUAGAUGCACAUAGUCUAGAGGACGAGGAGGAGGCAAUGCACCCGGCCUUCCACCUGCCCUCCAACCGCUUCAGCCCCUCCCCUCGACACUCUCCUCGUGCCUCCCCCAGAAAUUCACCCCGCUCACGCUCCCCUGCUCGUUCUAUUGACUAUAGCCACGGCCGUGGCUCCCCACAGCCCCUCACCAACCCCCCCCGCCACUCGCUGCAAGGCCACGGUCAUGACCUUCAGACCAAUGCUGUGAAGAAUGAAGACAAGCUGCGUCGUAGUCUUCCCAACCUCACACGCUCCACAGUGGUGUCGGCCCAGGCUCCAGAGCCCGUCAAGAACAGCCGUAGCUGUGAGUCCAACCUGCAAGUGCCAAACGGCGGCUCUCCACGACACCAGAGCCAGUCUGCCACAGCAACUCCAUUCCCGAGAUACUCAACCCCCUCUCGCUCCUCCCUGAAACCCAAACAGCAGCUCCAAAGCCCAACUUCCCUGCGAGUCCCACUCUCCUGUUGCUUUGGAGAAGAAGGUGAUUUCAUCCCCUCUCCCAGUAAGCUGCGGACUCCUGCUACCCCAUCCCCGCUGGCCUUGAGGCAGCCAGUAAAGGCCACAGCCAACCCCGGCUCUGUCACCUCCACCCCCACCCGCUCUCUGGCUCCUCCACGCAGCAGCCUGCCCCGCCCCAGUGCUUCUGCAGGGGGAGGAAUCCCCCUGCCCCGCAGCAGACUGGCCCAGCCUGUGCGCAGAUCUCUACCUGCUCCUCGGACCGACACUGGCACAGGUGACAACUGGAGAGAAGGUUGUUACUGAGGUGAGCCAGCAGGGGGCUCUCCAGGCCAGCUGUCAACACAAGGAGACAGACAUUACAACAGGGCACUUUAUCUACCUAGGUAACUUUUACAAUGGAGAGAAAGAGACUAAGUCCCAAAAUAUAUACAAUUCAGACUUUAAAAAAAAGGCCAUUGUGUCAAAGAGGACUUCCCAUCAUGCUCCUCUGUGGGGAGUGGCUCUGGAGGAGUCAGGCAUAUAGUGCAGAGAGCCCAGAAAAUGCCAAAGAAAGCAGCCCAACUCCAGAGGACGCAAUGCCUGCCUCAGUUUGUCUGUGAUCAUCUGUCAGAGUCACAUCACUACGUCGCCCGGCUUCCCUCCUGCUUCUUCUUUCUCCUCCCUCAGGUUGAAAUGUUGCCACACAUUUCUCUCUUUACACUCUGUGUUUAACACAUGUCGAUGAGUGAUCUCUACAAUGAUGCUGUGCAGGUGAACUAUCCUGUAAUGUUGAUGUCUUGAAAAAGUGAAAGCACCUCUGUGUGGGUUAUGGGAUUUAAGCAUCUUUCCUCUUGUAAAAAUCAGCGAGAAUGUAUGCACAAGUUCAAUUUGGAAAAUAUUUAUUCAAAUUAUUUAAGAAGUGUAAGUUCAUAUAUCCAUAUCAGUAUUUUGUUUUAGGAUUUCAGUUGUUUAAAAGUACAAUUUGAACCUCAACUACAAGCUAUGUCUCCAAAGCCUUUUCCUUCUUUUUUUGGUUUUCAAAGUGUCAGAUCAGGAUUAAAGAGAUACCUGGGUGAUCAGUGACACCUUGGCCAAAGCCUCAGGUCUAACUUGCACCAGUUUACCAAGGUUACACUUUUCCAUUGAAGCGCUGAGAUUGGUGUGUUUACUUCAGCUCAAAGCUCUCCACCUACUGAAAAAGAAACCUGAGCUGGACAGCGUUUAGUCCCCGUUUGGCCAAUGAAAUGAAGAAAACUUUGAUGUGCUUCAUUAGAUUCCCACAAAACAAUGUGUCAGUGUGUAUCAUUCGUGCCAUGAAAAAAAAUGGGAAAAAAUAUCUUGAACAAGACAGCAAGUUGAAUUCAGUUUUGUCUGGCACUGACCUCUUGUGCUAUGAAAAGGAAACGCAUGGUGUGCCAGUGUUAGGGAAGGUGUUUGGUGUGGUGGCUGUUCUUAAACUAGUGCCUAUAAUUUAACCUUUCACUUGAGUUUGAACAUAAUUUUGUUUAUCUUUGUGCCAGUUUCUGCAUUUCCCACUGUCAUUUGCAUCGCUGCCUGUUUGCUUUUUUUAAAUGAAUCAAUACAUUCAUAGCUGCUUUAAAGUAACAACAUGCGCCUUCUUAUUUAUAGCCAAUUACUCAUUCUGUAAAUGAAACUAUUUAUUAAAGAGUUGUGCCUCUG